CAACCAUGCAAGGAACAGAACAGACCAUUGUAGAGGUGAUCCCUGGAGAUGUUCAGGCCUCAAAGAAGUCUGUUAUAAGGUCACAACUGUGGAAAGAGAGCACAGAAAAAUUCUUGAAGGGGGAACCCAAAGUCCUAGGGGUUGUACAAGUUAUGAUUGCUCUCAUAAACCUCAGCUUGGGUGUAAUAAUGAUGAAUUCAGAACAUUCCCUGCAAAUCCUUUCAGUGUACAUAUGGGCCCCAGUUUGGGGGUCAAUCCCGUUCAUGCUCUCAGGGUCCUUGUCCAUUGCAGCAGCAGUGAGAACUACAAAGGGACUGGUCAUCAGCAGUAUAACUUUGAACACCACUAGCUCUGUGGUGGCUGCAGCAACAAGUAUAAUAGGUUUCAUUAGUGUGCUUUCGAGUGCAUUUCGUAUUCCUUAUACAGUCAGAGUUCUUGUGGGUAUGGAUGCUUUGAUGUUCAUUUUAAAUGUGCUAGGAUUCUGCGUUACUGUGUCCAUUGCUGCCUUUGGGUGUAAGGCAUCCUGUUGUACCUCCAGUGAGGUUGUGGUAGUUCUGCCAGCAAAUCCUGCUGUGUCAGCAGCGGCACCUCCCAUGCCACUACAACCAUUGGUACCACCAGUAUACCAACAACAAGAUGUUCCAGAAAAUCUAUACAAGAAUCCCACUGGAGGAAGAGUCCAAUUCUAA